AUGGCGCCGGCCGCACUUCCGGAGCCCAUCGCCGUCUGUGGCAUGGCCGCCCGCCUGCCCGGCGAGGUGCGCACCCCAGCCGAGUUCUGGGACAUGCUGAUGGCUAAACGUAACGGACUGGUUGACUGGCCGCGCAGCAGCAGCACCAGCGAUGGAGGAAAGUCUCCCGCGGCCGCAGGGCGGUUUGACGCCGCCGGCUUCCAGAGCGGCACGCCCGCCAAGAACACACUCCAAGCGCCGCAGGCAUACCUACUCAAUCAAGUGUCGAUGGGCGACUUUGACCCCAGCUUCUUCCCUGUCGGUGCCAAAGAGGCCUCCCGCAUGGACCCGAUGCAGCGGCAGCUCCUCGAGGUCGCCUACGAGUGCGCCGAGACCGCCGGCGCCGCCCAGAACUUGUUCAGCGGCAAUGCCAGCGGCAAUGCCAGCGCCAGCACCAGCACUAACACCAGGACCGGCACCGGCACGAGAGAGUCGCCUUUAGACUUGGCCUCACGCAAGGACGUCGGCGUCUUUGUCGGCGUCUUCGGCGAGGACUGGCUCCAGGAGAAUGUCAUGGACAGCCAGCUGGCCGGCCUGUACCUAAGAUUAGACUAG